AUGGGCGAGGGGAGUCGGGCGGUUUCGAAGACCGACGCUCUGGGACGUCAGGUUUGGGACAAGGCGGCCUAUGCGACGUUGGCGGCUGAGAAGGCGCGGACGGGGGAAGUAGCGAAGCAGGUUCCGAAAGAAGAGACCGAGAAGGCUCGCUUGCGUCGCGAAAAACGGGAGAGAUUAAACGCGAAAGCGCCGAAAGAGCGCACCUUUCUCGAGGGCCGGACGGAACGGCUCAAGUUGGAGACAAAGCUGGGUACUCAGCGGUUCGUUAACGCAGCCGACGACGCCGCCAUCGGCUUUCAUUGUGCCACCUGCGAAUGCACUCUGAAAGACUCGGCGGCCUACAUGGACCAUCUCAACGGCAAGCGGCACAACCGUCUGCUGGGCAAGUCUAUGCGCGUCGAGAGGAAAGACGCCGACCAGGUGAAGGACAGACUCAAAGCGCUUAAGCAGAAGAAACUCACCUCGCUAACCCCCUAA